AUGUCGUGGCACGUGUGCACCAUCUGCGACGGCUGCAUCGACAAAGGCACACCAGAAACACCGAAACUUACCGUUCAAAAAGUUGGUUUUGUCGGAAAGCCAUUUUUUUUUAGAAAAAACUGAAAUUCCAGAAGGUAAACUACCACGAGGCGUCAGAAAACCGUCAAUUCCGCAUCACAAUCGUUCGGCAGUGCGCGGAGGCAACGGAAAACGGACUGGAAGCGCUGGAAGCGGCCGAUCCGGCGGGGGACGGCCGGAAAUCGGAAUCCGUUCAUUUCUAUGUCGAUCUAACCGAAUUGACCACUAUUUGCCCGUAUUUUCAGCAAUUUCAAAAGGUUUGUGCAAAAGCGUGAAUCGAAACAUGAAAAAAACUAAGAAAAAACAUAAUUCUUUAAAAAUCUCUGUUAAAAUAUAUGUUUGCAGCAUUGCUACGUGGAAUUCUCGACGAACUGCACAUCCACGUGGAUCUCAUCCACUUCAACUUCCUCUUCCGCUCCGUGCCCCGCCCACACAUUCUCGUCUCCGAUCUCCCCGCGCUCGUUCCACUCUUUCCUCGAAUCCGCGUGCCCGGCGCUCUACUCGAUCCGUCCGGUCCCGCUUUCGCUCGAUUCGGUGCCGCCGGUCCUCGAGAUCCUCUCCCACUUCCACUCGGAACCGCUUCUGACCAACUGCGAGCGCUUCCUGAUGGCGGUGCCAUUCGGAUCGCUCGACCCGGCGCUCCUCAUCCGGAUCCUCCACCGCGGACUGUGCGUCAGUCUCGACCAUCGCAUUCUCGCCCGAAUAUUGUGCGUCUGCCUCAUGAACACCCACAAAAUGGCCGACGUGUCGCAGGAGUUGCACGGAACCGUCGGCGCCGUCUUCGCACAGGCUUUCGUCGCGUUAGUUGUGGGGGUUUUUUUGGAUUUUCUCUUAAAAUUUUCAGAAACGCUGCGAAAGGGUUCCGACACGUGAAACCGCUGGAGCAGGAGUCGCAAUUGUGGCCGGAAGCGAUGCGGAAUCUGAUGGGCGGCGCCGAUUCGACGCGGAAAACGGCCGGACAGCCGAAGCGGAACGGACGCGGAAAGAAUCAGCGGAAGGGAUGCGAUCACGCCAACGAAUCGUGCGUUUUUGGCAGGGCUGACCAAUUGACCUCGACUUUUGGACGACUUGCAAUAUACUGCUCGGACCCAAACUUUGCAGCCGUAUUGGACUUGGAUUCAAGUAUACUGGGUUCAAGGUUCAGACCGAUCGGAUCGUUUACUGUCGAUAUAUAGUGCUUGAGGGCCAAUUUCGGUGAAUGAUCCACAUAUCUCGGGAUCAGAUGAUCCGAUCGGGCUGAAACUCGGUCCCAAUAUACUCUAAUCCAAGUCCAAUAACUUAUUGGCAAUAAGACUGCAAAGUUUGGGUCCGAUCGGAUGAUUGCAAGUGGUCCAAAAGACCAGGCCAAUUGGCCAGCCAUGGUUUUUGGGGAAAACAUUCGAUGAGAUUUAAAAACAAUGAUUUUUUUCUUUCCGAGCUGGAAAAGGUUAGUUUGAAUCGGUUUGUGGUUGCGAAACGUCAUCGGACACUUUACAGCCGAUUAAUUUUGAAUGUUGGCAGAAAUCGACGGGCCUUUCGUUCGAAAUCGCUGCCGAAGAGAUGCGACGUCUGAAAGCGGCCCCAUCGGAAAGGGAACAAAUGAAAUUGUACGGACUGUACAAGCAGGCCCUCCACGGAAACAUUCCCAACGAAGAUAUCUAUCGUAAGUGCGCUCUAAAGAGAAGUUGCGUUUUCUCGAAGAAGUCCGAUGAAAAUUCGGUUUUUUUACAUAAAAAAAAUAGGAAAAAAGCAAUUGCGGUCUAUUGAGACACGUUUUCAGCGAUUCCGGCGGGCGACGAGCGCGGAAUGAAAAAGUACGCGGCGUGGAAGGCGCAAAAAGAGAUGAAUCCGGAGAGAUGUCGCCAGGAUUACGUGAAGAUCGCCGAGGAGAUGAUCAGAAAGUACGGACGGAAGAUUGUGCGAACCAAGUGGAAUUCCGAAGUGUGGUCCGUCGAUUAUUGA